AUAAUAUAACAAGCAAAUUCCCACCUUCUCGGGAGUGUUAAAAAAAACGCGCUACCAGCUCUGUUUUCGGUUUUUAUGCUGCUGUUUCCGGUCAAACCAAAGCAGGUGGGGUUCAUCAGGUCAGGUGCAGUUAAUCACGGUUGAUUACUGAACAGCGUCAGCCUCAGGUGGUCUGUUUGUCACUGUUCUGCCUUUACCAGAGUUGACUCUCGUUAAAAAAAAACCCAAAUAAAAAACCAAAUAAAGCCAUGUUCUACAUGAACAGUAAAAUGACGUCAUGACCUUGACCCAGUAAUAUCACAGACUAUACAUAACUGGACAAAGUUAUGCUAUGCAAAUCUACUUUAAAUGAACAAUAAAGAACACAUUAAAAAAAUAUUCCGUCAUUAUUCUUUAUCGUUAGACAGAAUGAUGACUCUUUCUCGAGGCCACUUUUAUGUGGACAUGAGCUGAAACUGCUCGGUGGUUCUGUGAACAGGAUGUAGUUUGUGAAUUUGAACCUUCAGUUCUUCACGUGGUUUUACUGCUUCUGAAAAAAAUUACAUAUAAGGUCGACAAGACCAACGGCACAGACCGUCUCUGUGCACAGACACGUCAUGGCAGGACGUCUGUUGUUUCUCUUUCUUAUGUGUUCAUCACAAAGGAUGGAAAUUCAAGCUUUGCUCUCACCUAAGCUGACAGUGACCAAGCUGAGGAUCACUGAGACAGAAACAGACACACUGGAGUGUCGGCCUGUCGACGUGGUCACCGCUUCUCAGUGUUAUUUCUACACCCUGACAAAAGAAGAAACUAAAGUCUUUUCCUGUUUGAAGUUGGUGACAGGGACAGAGCUGCUGUUGAUGUCAGGACAGACAUCACCUGCUGAGGUUCAACUCCGGUGUUUUUACACCGUCAACUUAAAUGGUAUAAAUCCGUCUCCUCACAGCAACACGGUGUCUGUCAUCGUAAACGGAAAUAAAAAGUUGGACGACAUGGAAACCUCAAGGAUUCCGUGGACACCAGCUCCAACUCCUGUCAGUCGUCUUUCUUCAACUCUGAGAACGACCAUAAACGAUGAAACAGACGGUGGAACUUUUACUUCAACUCACAUUACCGCUGUGACAGCUGUUACUGUUGGUAGAACUCAUACGUCAACUGAAGCUCCGACCGUGGAACAACCUCACACAGUCACAGAUCCGACGGUCGGUGGACCUCACACUUCACCCAACGUGAUUCCAGGUCUAAUGGGUGACAGACCUAAUGAUCCAACUCCAAGGACUCAGGCUCAAGACGUGGUGAUCGUGAAGCUACUGCUGGUCAUGUUGACGACGUGUGGAGUCACUAUGGGCGUCGUGUCACUGGUGGCGCUCUACUGCAGAAGGAAACAGGCCCACAGAGAUGAUGUCACCCGUCCACCAAACCUGGACCACGAAGAAGAGGUCAACUAUGUGAACAACGUGUACACCUUAAUAACUGCUGUCGACGCUUCCAACGAAUUUGACACAUUCUUCAGACAAAAGCAGCAAAGAGUUGGCUCUGAGCACGUCUACGAAGUAACUCAACCGCUGGAGACGACGAAGCUGUAGCGGCCGUGAAGAACCCCGAAAUCUCCAGCAGCUUCUCCUGCUGUGGCGACGGAGCCCGUGUGGACAAACGGGUGAUUUACAGCUCGCCGAUCACUUUUGUCAAUUUUUAUUUUCUCUUCUCGUGUGUGUGUGCGUGAUUUUUCCUGUAGCCAAUCCCCAGCCAGCAUUCUUCAGACACGUGUCACAUGUUUAUUUACAUCCACCUUUAUGUUUGCUUGUUUUUUUAAGAGUAGGGAUGCCAAACUCCUGGCCCGGGGGCCACUUUUCAGCCCGGUCACCGUCCUCAGUAAAUUACAGCCUGACGGGAUUCAGAUUCAGUUUCAAAAUGAACACAAUGUUCAAAUUGUCUGGCCAUGUUCCUGAUCACGGCGUUCUUCUUCAGAGUUCUUCUUUUUUUUCACUAUUUGGAGAGUGACAUGUGAUGUGAAAGCAGAUCUGACGCCAGGAAGUCGCCCUGCCCUGUGGUGUUGUUUCUCAGGGAACCAAAACAGAACCUGAAAGAGAACUGGGGUUUUACAGUUAACAACAGUCGUGGUCAUGAUGUCAUCAACAGUCACGUUGUCUGAACUGCAGGCAGUUACAAAUACUCCUGUGGUUUUUCUGUCGCCACAGAGCUAAAACGUCAGUGGUUAGUUGACAGCAGUUGAUUCUACCUGUAUAUAUAUAUAUUUAUAUAUAAAAAUAAUCUAAUAUAUUUUGAGGACAGUUCUAGGAUAUGUGAUGUAUUUGUUUCUUCAUUAAUAUUAUUAAGACUUUUACGAGUCUAAAGGGUAAUUCAAAUUUAUUUUCUGCUAAUUUACAGAUAUAUUUUCAGCUUCUUUCGGACCAACUUUAAAGCAAUUUGCUCACUUUAAAAUAUAUUGGGCUGUUUUUAGCUUGUCCGCUAACAGUAAUGUAUUGUUUUUACUCGCAUUUUCUGAACUUUUUAUUAGUUACUUUAAGUGAUUGUAUUGUGUUACUUUAUUGAGACAGUAAGUGUGUUUCCUGCAGUUCAUUUAUGGCUACAUUUGUAAUAAAUAGCUGAAUAAAAAUCAAAUAAAAAAAA